AUGUUAUAAGUAGUAAUGUACUAUAUAUGAAAUUUAUAGAGAUGAGCAACUUAAUUAAUAAUUUAAUUAAAAGGAGACUCGUUGGAGUAAUUGUUCACCUUUGUAUUGUAUAUGCUUAAAAUCCAAUAUUAAUUAACAAUUAUAUUAACACAGGAGAUACUAUCAUGAAAAGGUAGAUUUAGAGUUAAUAUAAAGUAAAUAUUAUUUAAUUUAGAUAAUACUAAUAAUAUUGUAGCCUAUCAAAGGGAGUUGAAAUAAUAAAUAUUCAAUAUAUUUAUGAGAAGAAAUUAAAAUAAUCUAAACUAUUAGGCUGUAAUUCGUAUUACCAUAAAAAUAUCCAAUCAAUCUUAGAAAUUAGGAUAUUCUUAAAUUUUUGAUCCUAAUUUCCAUAUAAAAAGGUUUGAUUGGAACUAUUUGAAUAUGAUUGUAAAAAUAUCAUAUUAUUUAUUCUUUCUAUCGAAAAUAACAAUAAUUAUGAGCAUCAAAAAUCACUUCUUAUGA